AUGGAUUCAGGAACCGAUUGGCUGUGUGAGAUUCUGCAAAAUGUUCAACUCGAACAAUUUUAUUUGCCAAUUCGAGACCAGUUGCAAAUAACAAGGCUAGCUCACUUCGAUUAUGUACACACCGAGGACCUUGAAAGAAUAGGAAUUAGUAAGCCAGGUAUUCGACGGCUGCUAGAUGCUGUGCGAAAAAAGAAAUUGCAACUGUGGAACCGUAAAUUCUGGCAUAAACUCUUUGGCUCUUCUGGUUCUGUACAUAAGGAUAAAUUAGAGACAACUCUAAGACCACAACCGCAGGCAGAAGCAAGGACUACUUGUAUUAUAUUAGAGAAAGAUAUUGUAUUACAUAAUGAAUUAGGUAAAGGAUCAUUUGGGGUUGUAAGAAGAGGGGAAUGGAAGGUAUCAGAAUCAAGUCAAACGAUAGCAGUCGCUGUUAAAGUACUAAAAGCAGAUGCAUUCACUCAACCGGGGAUAUAUGAUGACUUUCGCAGAGAAGUCGAGGCUAUGCACAGUUUGAAACAUCCUAAUCUGAUCAAGCUUCACGGGGUCGUCUUUCAUCCUCUGAUGAUGGUUUGCGAAUUGGCAACAAUGGGUGCUUUGCUCGACUACAUACGGGCCCAAAAUGGGAAAGUGUCAUUAAACUACAUAUCGAAGUGGUCCGGGCAAGUCGCUGCUGGUAUGGCUUAUUUGGAAAAAAGCAGAUUUCUUCACAGAGAUCUCGCUUGUAGGAACAUAUUGCUGUCUAGUUUGGACCUGGUAAAAAUUGGUGAUUUCGGUCUGAUGAGAGCCUUGCCCGAUGCUGAUGAUUGCUACGUGAUGAGCGAACGACGCCGGGUACCAUUUCCCUGGUGUGCUCCCGAGUCUUUGAGAUCUCGCCAAUUCUCGCACGCAUCUGAUGUUUGGAUGUUUGCUGUUGCUCUAUGGGAGAUGUAUACAUUUGGUGAUGAACCCUGGAUAGGAUUGAACGGUUCUGAAAUCCUUCGACUGAUAAUGCGCGAAGGUCAACGCCUCUCCCCUCCGUCCGCAUGCCCCCCGGACGUCUACAUGCUGAUGAUGCAGUGUUGGGACCUGAAUCCCAAAGAGCGGCCCACGUUCUCUGGGAUAUUGCAGUAUAUGGAGGCGAAUAAGUUCGAGACAGCUAUUGCAGAUCUUAGUUACAGAAAGCAAGGCCAGUUGACAAUAGAAGCGGGCGACGCUAUUAUCCUCAUCGACAAACGUCCCGAGCUGCACUGGUGGAAGGGGCAAAGCCAACGCUCGCUGGAGGUCGGAUUGUUUCCUAGUACAAUAGUGAGCGUCUCGAAGAAUAAAAAUGUGCAAGCUAUCAAGAAAGCACAGACAUUAUCACCGAGUAGAAGAAAUUCCACUCAAAGUCCCGUGGUUCCAGUGACGUCAGACGAUUCAGAUAUUAUCCUGCGCAAGCGCAGAACGAUCGAAUCAACACAACCGUCUACAACUCGAGCUGGGAACAGCGCCAGUAAACACUUCAACUACAACAAGCUGAUCAACGACAGAACUCUUCUGCAGAACGACAGGCUCGCUAGGGCGGCUAGGGAUAAUCAAUCUAAGAGUUUGAGUCAAGUUAAGGAGGAUCUAUUAAUCGACCUGGAUCUACCACCGGCCACGAGCCGCACGCCCAGCAAGCCGCCAUCUACACAGAACCGGUCCUUACUAGAUGAACCAAUCGAUGUACCUGAAGUUGGAAUUCAAGAGGCCAGCGACUGGGGUCAGCAAAGUAUAGAAAGCCUUCCCGCAUAUCAAACUAACACUCAAAAUCUACCGAACCUCUAUGGUGCUAAAUCUCUCGACAGCCUCAAUGUCCUAGCGUCGUGUAGCACAUCGACGAGAAACGACCCCUUCGACACGACACAAGUCUGGCCUACCGCCAGGCCGUAUGACACACGACCCAACUAUGACAUUAACAUAACAGAUACUCAAAUAGAAUCUCAAUAUUCCAAUAACGAUAUUAACACGCAAUUAUACAACAACGCCGUUAGUUCUAGUAAUUCAUACAUACAAAAUACCUCGCACGCUCUCUCUGACUUGAGCGUAACCAACACUCUUGCACAAAUCUCCUUAGACGAUAGAAUAUCUGACUCGCUGAAUCUCAGAAGUAAGAACACUAACUAUGAUAAUAUCUACGUCAAUAGUGCGCAUAAAAAUGGUUCUUCCGUGUCCGGAUCGCUCGAGGUUAAAGACGACUUUCCCGUGUACAACAAUUACAGCCUGAACCCCGAACAGCAGUUCGCAUUGGAAACAAAGGACUAUUACACAAAGUUCUCGACGCCGGCGAGCCAAGUGUCAAGUAACUAUGAGAAGAAUAUAUACGUGCCGAAUGACGAGGGUGAGAAGUUGAAGAACUUCAGCGAACGCUUGGAGAACUCGAAGAAUUACUCGGCGUUGAAGUAUCAGAAUGUGGACAUGGGGUACGGUUAUGGGUACGCUUCGACGUCCAGAACGGGUUACGAUGAAGUGAACGAUGCAGACAGUAAUGUGUACAGUGAAAUUAAUGAGGGUAGUCGGUAUUAUUCGCAGGCCACAUAUGCUAACGCGCUGUUAUAUGAUGAGGUGUAUGAGCCGACUCCGCGGCCGCACCGACCAGCGCCACCUUGCCCCUCGAAACCGAAAUGA